AUGGAAGCAGCAAAGAAUUACUUCAAGAGCUGGUUCAACGCAGACGAGCCGCGCAAGGUUGAGCGCGGCUCGUUAGACAAGUGGCGCAAACGGUCACAAAUGCUUGAUGGGUUGGGUGGCCGCGGCGCGCGAAGAGGUCGAACUUCGGUCACGUUGAGGAAUAAGACGACGGGCAAAAGCCUGAGGCCCAAGAGAACAGCGCCCGGGAUCUGGAACCUGGUAAAGGGCGUGUUUUCCAGAGAGGACCAGGAUCUACGCGAGAUGAAGAAUGCAUACACAGCCCUUAAGCUUCGCAGCAAUAAUCGCGGCAUGCAGACCCGGUCUCAGGUUCAAAGGCGGAUCGCAUCCAGCGCAGCUCUGAAACGCAAGCUGCUCGAAAAACAAUACGAUGAAAAACGCCUCGAUGAGCUGCGGCGGGGCCGCAAACCGGGCCCCAGGGCAGUUGCCCUUGAGCCUCGAAACAUUUCUCAGCCCAAUUUUGACACUGACCGAGUAAUCUUGUUGCAGCACAAGGUGGACGCACUCAAAGAACAACUGAAUGAGGUAGAGCGCGAGCUUCACUUGACUCGCAAGAGGCUCAAAUUCACUCAGGAGAAGAACGCACUUUUGGAGGGCCUUCUCAACGAUGCCAAUGUCGAUGACGACUACUUAAAAUCGAGAAGGCGCAUCACCAACCUACAAAGGGAGGACCUAAAACCCGAAUACGAUGCGCUGCCACCGUCGCCGCAUCGCGCUAUCAGUCCGUUGGUCACCUCAAGUCCUAGAAAGGUAGAGCUCCCGCAAGACGACUUUUAUGAGAGAUACCGCUCAAUUCCAACCGCAGAACUACUUAGAAGAGACCCUGAAAGCUCUCUGUCCCCAAUUAGAGUAGAUUUAUCGAAAUACUCAUCCUCUAGGGCUCCUUAG